GUUCAUUCAUACGUACGACUUCCCAUUUCUUCCCAAAAUCUCCCAAUUUCUCUCUUCUUACCCUUCUCCGUAUCGAAAAUUUUGAGAUCUCUGGAAGUGAAAAACUUGAUAAUUCGUCAAAUACCCUCCGAAUUUGUUCCUUGCAGUUCGAUCUCGAGGUCGGAAGAGGAAGAGGAUGAAGAUCUUUUCGAAAUUCACACCAAUAUUGUUCCUAGUUUGAUAAGCAAACAGUUAAAGAUCGCGCCUUUGUCCUUCAGAAUUAGCAGAGGGAUUCGUUGUGGUUGAAAAAGAUGGGCAGUAUUGGAAUUAUCUGUUCUCCCCUCCGGGUUUAGGAUUUGACAUGGCCGCAAAAUGUCAUCAGAAGGAAAUGGUGGAUGUUGAUACUGAAGUUGAAGAAGAGAAAGAGGUGUCGGAGGACGAAGCUGAAAGCUUGGAACUAGAGUUAUCAUUGGGAAGGUGGGGUUCAGUUGCAGGAUCGCCUUCAAAUCCUGCGAGGAGUAUGGAGAGAUGGCUUGGUUCAUUUGAUCUGACCGUUGGAAGCUCGAGUCUAGUUGAGACAUUCAUGUGCAGGAGCGAGCUGAGAAAUGUGUUACAAACAAGUCUUGAGGCUGGUAUCAAACAUGCGGAUUCGGGUUUGGACGGGUGUAGAGAUUAUAAGAGACCAAAAGUUCUUGGCUUCACGCCGACAAUGCACCAUACCUCCUCUGGUAAUGAAGCAUCUGUCCCACCUGCCUCUGGUGAUCACGUCAAUUCUCAGGCUUCACUAUUCCCUUCUGAUACUGGAAGCAGUUGGAAAUGUAGAGAUCAGGAUGAUGGUGGGGGUAAAAUGUCAAUGAACUCUAAUGCCGGUGGGGAUGAUGAUGAAAACGAGCCCAGUGCCAGCAAAGCUGAAGAUAUAGAGAUCAGAAUGGAUCUUACUGAAGAUCUGUUACAUCUGGUCUUCUCCUUUCUGAGCCUAAAAGAUUUAUGUAAAGCUGGUGCAACAUGCAAGCAGUGGCAAAUAGCUAGUGUGCACGAGGAUUUCUGGAGAUGCUUAAAUUUUGAAGAUACAGGAAUCUCCCAGAACAACUUUGAGGCUAUUUGUCAUCGUUAUCCAAAUGCAAAUGAAGUGAAUUUAUCCGGCGUCUAUAACUCCGAUAUGCUUGCCAUGGAGGCCAUGGCUUCUCUUAGACUACUUGAAACUCUGACAUUGGGGAAAGGGCAGCUUGGCGAUAAUUUCUUCCAUGCUUUGACAGAUUGUCCUGCAUUGAAUAAAUUGAGCAUCUGUGAUGCAUCACUUGGUAAUGGCAUCCAAGAGAUUGCUAUAUAUCAUGAUCGGUUACGCGAGCUUGAUAUUCUUAAAUGUCGUGUUCUCCGCAUUUCUGUCAGAUGCCCUCAACUUCAGACUUUGUCACUGAGGCGCACUAGCAUGGCUCAUGUGGUGCUUAUUUGCCCACAACUACAUGAAUUAGAUUUGUCUUCUUGCCACAAGCUAUCUGAUGCUGGAAUCCGUUCAGCAGCUACUUCCUGCCCUUUAUUGGCAUCGUUGGACAUGUCAUCUUGUUCAUGUGUAAGCGAUGAAACUCUUCGAGAAAUAGCUUUCGCUUGCCCUAAUCUCUGUGUUCUUGAUGCAUCAUAUUGUCCGAACGUUGCCCUUGAGGCUGUAAGGUUACCGAUGUUGAUUGAUCUGAAACUUCAUAGCUGCGAGGGUAUAACUUCAACUUCAAUGUCUGCAGUAUCUUAUAGCCGCAUGCUAGAGUCAUUACAGCUUGUUAACUGUGGACUGUUAACAUCUGUCUCUUUGGAUCUACCACACUUGCGAAAUAUCAGUCUUGUACAUUGUCGCAAGUUUGUAGAUUUGGAUCUACGGAGUUCUGUACUUUCGUGUAUCAAGGUUUCAAAUUGUUCAGCACUCAUCCGCAUUAAUAUCACAUCACAUGCACUCCAGAAACUCGUGCUUCAAAAGCAGGAAAGCCUGUCCACCCUGUUAUUGCAAUGCCCCAACUUGCAAGAAGUGGAUCUUAGUGAUUGUGAAUCUUUAACCAAUGCUAUCUGUGAAGUUUUUAGCAAUGGUGGAGGCUGUUCAUUGCUCAGAACGCUGGUUCUUGACAAUUGUGAGAGUUUAACUGCAGUGGGGUUAACCAGUAGUUCUCUGGUUAAUCUUUCUCUAGUUGGUUGUCGUGCAAUGACUGUCCUUGAUCUGUCAUGUCCUAAUCUUCUAACAGUGAACCUUGAUGGUUGUGAUCAUCUAGAGAGAGCUUCAUUCUGUCCUGUUGGCCUUGAGUCCCUUAAUUUAGGAAUUUGCCCUAAGCUGAGUGCCUUACGAAUUGAAGCACCGAAAAUGGCAGUUUUGGAGCUAAAGGGUUGUGGCAUAUUGGCUCAAGCGUCCCUAAGUUGCCCUUCCUUGAUGUCUUUGGAUGCUUCUUUCUGCAGGCAACUCUUGGAUGAUUCAUUGGCUAGGGCUUCAGCUUCUUGUCCCCUAAUCAAAUCUCUAGUAUUGUCCUCGUGUUUAUCCAUAGGAGUUGCUGGGCUUUCUUCCUUGCGUUCACUAAAAUAUCUGAUACUACUUGAUUUGUCAUACACAUUUUUGACUAAUUUACAGCCUGUCUUUGACAGUUGUCCUCAGCUAACGAUAUUAAAACUUUCAGCGUGCAAGUUCUUGACAGACUCUUCUUUGGACGCACUUUAUAAGGAGGGUGCUCUUCCUGCCCUUUGUGAGUUGGAUUUAUCUUAUUCUUCCAUUGGGCAGUCUGCAAUACUAGGACUUCUUGCAUGUUGCGCAAAUCUUGUCAAUGUGAACUUAAAUGGUUGUUCCAAUAUGCACGAUCUUGUUUGGUGUUCAAGUGAUAGUCAUCACUCUGACAUGGCUGUUGAUAUCUAUCCAUCAAAUUCGGUAUUUAUGGGAAGUGAGGAGCAGGUUUUCAGGAAGACUGAUCAUUUGCUUGAAAUUCUCAACUGCAUUGGAUGUCCCAACAUUAAGAAAGUUGCAAUCACUUCUUCAGCUUGUUGUUUUCAUCUAUCUAAAUUAAACCUUAAUUUGUCUGCUAAUCUGAAGGAAGUGGAUCUAGCAUGCUUCAAUCUUAAUAGUCUAAACUUGAGCAACUGUUGUUCCUUGGAGAUCUUGAAGCUUGAUUGUCCCAGAUUGACUAAUCUUCAGCUUCUGGCUUGUACAAUACUAUCAGAGGAGGCAGUAGAAGUCGCCAUUUCUCGCUGUAAGAUGUUGGAAACUCUCAAUAUUCAUUCAUGCCCUAAGAUACAUGCUGCAUGCUUGGACAAAUUGCGUGUUGUAUGUCCAAGGUUGAAACGCAUCCAGGGCAGCUUAACAGCAUAAAGUUUGACCUUAACCUCUAUUCACAUUUCAGACGUCCUUCACUUGCAAAAGCCAUGAAGCAGUCGUGAGGAUUAUAACAACUCAAUGGUGCACGGUCCUCUUGAUGUACAUACAUUAUUGAUCUUCCUUCUUUUGAGUUUUACCAUGCUUCUUAAAAUACUGUAGAAGCAGCUCUGCCCUCGUAGUGACAGAGCAAGAUGCUAUUGUUGUAUCUGGUGUAUGCGUUGUAUUUUGUAUAUGUUGUGUGCAUCUGUUGUAGGCUUUUCAUUACAUAGUUGAAACUGGUCCUAAACCUUUUGACUGCCUGGUCUUCAUCAGUCCAAGGGUCACCAUUGUAGACCCUAGUUGCAGUUAUUGAACAACAUUUAGGUAUCCUAUUCAGUAAGUUUGCGCUAUGGGAAUUGUACACCCGCUAAACUCGAUUCUUGGCUGAAGACGGCAAAUUUUUUUAUUUGCUUGAGAAUUCUGAAUUAUUUGCCCUCCACCCAGAUUUAUAAACUGGUUUUCCAUUUUGGAAGGGCGUACAAAUUA